AUGGCGGAUAAGAUCUACGACACCUCAAAGUUAUCCACAUUUAGAGGUGCAUUAUGGCUGUUCGCACUGAUUGUUAUUUUUGUGGCGGUGAAGAAGCUCCUCGCAAUUGGGAGGAGGCCGAAGGGAUAUCCUCCAGGUCCUCCGACAAUACCAGUCCUCGGAAAUCUUCACCAGUUCCCCGUCAAGGGUCUACAUACAGCGUUCCAGAAAUGGACGGAGGAGUAUGGCCCGAUCGUAUCGCUAAAGAUGGGUACACAAACAAUGAUUCUGUGUGGGACAGACGAAGUGGUUAAAGAGCUCAUGGAGAAGAGGAGUGCUUCUACCUCGAGAAAAGUGGACAUGUUCAUACGCACCUUCGGCGACAACCUCAACAUUGCCUUCCGGGACAAUGACGAGAUCUGGAGAAAGCAACGCAAAAUGUACUCGACACGCCUCAACUCGCGAGGAGCCAACAGUUAUAUCCCAUAUCAGGAAUUCGAAAGCGUCGAGCUUCUCUCCAAGAUUUUAGACCAUCCUUCGGGCUUUCGAGUCCAUCUGAUGCGAUUCGCAACCAGCAUUGCGUCUUCCAUCGCGUACGGACUCAGAUUCCCUGAGGCUGACGACCCGGACAUCAAGAACUUGAUCGAGUGGUUUGAUAGAACAACAGCACUUGGCGGGAAGCUACAAAUUGCCGACUGGUUCCCCAUCUUCAGGCCCGUUUUCCGCUUUCUACCCAAGUUUAUGAAUCCCAUCAAGCAGGAGAUUGAAGAACUGGAGAAAAUGGAGACGAAGCUGUGGGUGCGGCACACGACAGCAGCUCGGGCUUUGAUCGAUGCAGGAAAGCCGCACGCCAGCUUUGUCCGUGACCUACAGGCAAAGACUGAGAGCGAAAAGGAUCGAUUGACGGAGAAAGAAAUCCUGUUUAGUGCGGGCCACGCGUACGCGGCAGCGACAGAUACUCAAGCAAAUACUCUAGCGGCGUUCGUCAAGGCAAUGGCACUGUACCCCGAAGUUCAGGCCAAAGCACAAAGAGAGAUAGACGCUGUCAUCGGCCAGGACCGGAUGCCGACAUGGUCAGACCGUCCGAAUCUUCCUUACGUCCGCGCCGUCGUUGAAGAGACAUUACGAUGGCUACCAGUGACCUUGAUUGGACCGCCCAUGCCGCAUGCGUUGUCCAAGACUGAGAGCUAUAUGGGUUACACGCUCCCCGAAGGAGCGGCGAUUAUCAACUGUAUUUGGACAAUCAACAAUUCCGAACAAAGAAGCCCACAUCCUCGAGACUUUGAUCCCAGUCGACAUCGGGAUGAGGACACACUGCAUGAAGGCAUCGGCAUCAACCCAGACACGGUCAAGAGGCCACAUACCACUUUCGGCGUGGGCAGACGUACCUGUCCGGGAUACCAUGUCGCAAUGCGCACACUGUUUAUGGGAAUGUCCCGAAUCCUGUGGGCGUUCAAUAUCAGUCACAAGACAGACGGUGCCGGAAACCCCAUCCCAAUCGACCGAGAUGCCAUCGUGGAUGCGCUCGUCACUGGGCCGCAACCGUUCCAGUGCGAAAUCAAACCCAGGAGUGCGAAGCAUGAGACAAUGAUCCGAGAGGAAUGGGCCAAGGCUGAGCGCGAAUUGGAUCACCAAGGCCAUUACAACGACGACUUUUUCGGUCGAUUCAAUUCGUCGAGUACCAACCAAGGCGAAAAUCGAUAA